GUUUUACGCCCGGCGCAUCAACAUGUCGUCGUCGCCGUCCGUCUCGUCGUCAGCGACGCGCGCGUGUACAUCCACCGCCGUUCUGAUGUCGUUGCUGCUGGCGCUGGCCGUCAACCGGGCCGGUGCCGCGGCCGUCGACACAACCGUCGUGGCCGACACCACUGCGGCCACCGUCACCGUGUCCACCGCUGACGUCGCCGCGUCUACCGCCUCGGCCGUCAUAGCGUCCACUGCGGACAACACCCUCGAUACCACCGACCUCACGGACACCGCCGACAACGUUCUGCAGCCGGCUGGUUACGGUUUAGCCCCCCCGAAGCCGCCGCAGCCGACACCGGUAUUGUCUAAAAAUGGAGACAUUUACAGUUUCGUGGUUCAUUCGAAAAUCAAGUACAGAUAUGCUCAGACUGUUGUAUCAAGUCGCGUGGCCAACAAGGGAAAUACUUCCCACGAAGUACAGUUUUACGUAACUCUUCCAGAAUCUGCAUUCGUUUCUAAGUUUUUAAUGGAAAUUAAUGAAAAAGUGUACGAAGCUUAUGUAAAAGAAAAGAAAGAGGCCAAAGAAGAAUAUAUUGCUGCUGUAAACUCAGGUCAGACAGCGGCUCACGUUGAACAAAAUGCAAGAGAUUCAAAUAAAUUUACAGUUUCUGUAAAUGUGGAAGCAGAAAGCAAAGUGACGUUUAAUCUCACGUACGAACAAUUGUUAAACAGGAAAUUAGGAAUUUAUGAAAAUGUAAUAAACUUACAACCCGGACAAAUUGUUAAAAACUUACAAGUUAUAGUAGAUAUCGAAGAAUCUUCAAACAUAACAACAUUGGAAGUACCAGAUAUAAAAACAGCAAAUGAAAUUGAAACCACAGUUAGUAAAAACAAAUUGGCGAAAAUUUCCCGUGAGUCAGGCAACAAAGCGACGAUAACGUGGAGUCCAACUGCUAAAGAACAGUUAACAUUUACGGAAAAUGGUGUUAAAGGCCAAUUUAUAGUUCAAUAUGACGUAGAUCAUAAUUCCACGCCAAAUCAAGUUCUUAUCGACGAUGGAUAUUUUGUUCAUUUCUUUGCGCCGAUGGAUUUGAAACCACUUAGAACCCACGUCAUAUUUGUACUCGAUGUUAGUGGCUCUAUGGUUGGACAGAAAUUACCACAAGUUAAAGAAGCUAUGGGCCAAAUUCUGUCAGAAAUUCAUCCUGAAGAUUUUUUCACGUUGAUACUUUUCUCUGAUUUUGCACAGGUUUGGACGAUAAACGCUACACAAGAAACGUCGAAUCGUUGGGACGAAACCGGUAGCAACUGGAAGACGAACAAUAAUUUUAGUUUGGAGACAUUGGGAGAAAAUCGUUUCGUUUUUCCGGCAACCGAGCAGAAUAUACAAUACGCCAAGAAAUUCAUUCAAGACCUAACAUCGGAGAGCAGUACAAACAUGGAAGAUGCCCUUAGUAAGGCGCACUCUAUCGCUAAAUUGGGAGAAACGCGUUUCAAAGGUGGUGCUAAUACACCGAAACCAAUUAUUGUGUUUUUGACCGACGGCGAACCAACUACAGGGAUCACUGAACCUCAGGAGCUGAUUAAAUAUGUUUCUAAUACUAACGAAGAGAAGUACCCAAUAUUCAGUUUGGGUUUUGGCGAAGGGGCGGAUAUUGAUUUCCUUAAAAAACUCUCAUUGAACAACACUGGUUUUGCGAGGGUCAUCUACGAAGCUUCAGACGCGUCGUUACAAUUGCGUAAUUUCUAUAAAGAAAUAUCAUCUCCCGUUUUGUCGAACGUCACCUUCCAAUACAUUGACGCUCAAGUCGAUAACAUUACCGUGACGAAAAAGUCGUUUAAUUUGUUGUUCAAAGGUACAGAAUUAGUAGUGGCCGGGAAGUUGAAGGAUGGCGCAUCGCCCGAUUUUAACGGCACUUUAAACGCUGAUUCGACUGAAGGGAAUUUUCAACGUCCUGUCGUUGUCACGUGUUUCGAUAUCCCCAUAAUUCCUCCCACCGAUGUUCCAAAAACAAGAAGAAUAGGUCAUUUAGAGAAGUUAUGGGCGUAUUUGAACAUACAACAAUUGAUGGACAAAUAUGAAUUAAACAAAAACGAAAAUUCUACGGCGAAAGCUAAAGCACUCGAAUUAGCAUUGGAAUACUCAUUUGUCACUCCACUUACGUCCUUAGUUGUGGUCAAACCUAAUGAUACAACAACAUCAGCGGCUCCAGAGAAAAUCAAACCACUUAAUGACAGAUAUAACUUUGGUUCUUUAAUGGCCAGCAGUCCACUUUAUCAAUUAGGUCCAUCUAGCUCAGUGAUGAUGGCAAAUAGUGUUGCUCAAUCAUCAGGAUUUGCUUCAAGUUUUUCAUUAAAGGCUGGUCCGAGUCCAUUAUACUCGUUGGUCCCUGAAGAUGCAGCUAUUUCUGCAUCCGAAAUUGUUCCUUUGUCAACUAUUUCAUCGAGUUUAGAUGCGAAUACAGAUAUUACCCCACCGACCUCGGUUGUAGAUUCUUCUCAAGUUGUAAUAGACAAAUCAAAUUCUACAGCGUUACAUGAUAUCAAGGAACUAACAUGGUUGAGUGAUUCUAUUACAUUUGAGGCAACUAAUACAGUUUACCAAAUAUCAUUGAACACUAGUGGUCAAUCGUAUCAAAAUUGUACAACACCCGACCAAAGUCAUGGUAAUUGUAAACAUUUAAAAGACUGCGUUGUAGCUUCAAUCCUGAAUUCAUUCGAUACAUACCUUUCAUUGUUUUGUCCAAUAGAAACAUUGUAUGCAGGAAUUUGCUGUUUAGUGUAAAAUUUAAAUGUGUGAAUGUUCGUACAUUUUUAGGAAUCAGAGAAUUAUUAAUAUUUUUAAAGUGUUUAAGUUAUUUAUUAUUAUUGAUUAUUGACUUAUAUUUUAUGUAC